UACAGAUAGCUGUCAAAAUUUCAGCAGCUAGUUGUCAGCUGUUUUAACCAUAACUAUAUGAGUAGUAUUUUGAUUAUUACAUGAGUACACGUGAAGUGCAAAUACAUAGUAAAUAACACAAUAAGUAGUGUCAGGAAAACCUGCUUUGUUGGACGUCAACUUUAUUUGGUGGAUGAAUCCUGACGUGAAUGGAAGAUGUGAACCAAAGGUUGUCAGAGGUAAAAGUCCUCUGGAACACGGCUCAUUUCAAAGUUACAAUGUGGUGUAACAUGAGAGAUGUUAGUAGCGGCUUAAUGUGAGAAGUCAAAUAUGGAUGAAGACGAUCUGGAGACAUUUGGUGAGCAGCUGUACCAUCGGAUUUACCCCAAACACAAAGAGAUUGCUGGAAAACUCACAGGUAUGCUGCUGGAGCUGCCAGGCCCUGUCCUGAGUCAGAUGUUGCAGGAUGAGGCGAUGCUGACUGCAGCAGUGGAGAAAGCCCUCAAAGCCCUGCAGCUUUCACAGGAGCCCAGCAAGGUAACAUGUAAAGAUGAGGGUGAUGUGUCCAUGUCAUCUGAAUCUCUGGGAGAGCAGCUGUUUGAGCUGGUGGAUGUUUACAACACUGGACACUCACAGAAAAUCACAGGAAUGCUCCUGGAGCAGCACAAAGAGGCAGUGUUAACCCUUCUUUCAGAUCCAAAACUGCUGGAACAGCAUGUGAACCUUGCCCUGAAGACACUAAAAGAGCAGAAAUUGGAAGAGACAGAUGUCAGUGACUCAUCGGACGCUGACGACACAGAGAGGCUGGGAGAGAAGCUCUUCUCACUGGUGGAGGAGAUGGAUCCACUUCAUGCAAACGAUAUUACAGGUAUGCUACUGGAGAUGGACCCAGCAGCUCUCAAACAGCUGCUCAGUGACCACACGAUGCUGGACAUUGCUGUUCAAAAAGCACAGGCAGCACUGGACACUUGAACUCUCGCUGCUUGAACAGAACACGACAACAAAGAUUUCCACACAAAAUAACUCAUUAAUUCAUGAGUUUGAUGGACUCAGAUAGUAGAGUGCUGGGAAGAGCCAACACCUCAGUCCAGGAGAUCAUGUUAAUACCAGUUACCUUUUAAAUAAGCACCUGUCAUUGAUCAUUGAGUGAACUAUGGGGAGUCUGACUGGAAUGCCUGUAAAUAACUGAGGAAUCUGGGAAGCCUCUUUCUCACUGAAAUGAAAUUGACAGAGCCCCUUUAAAAUAUGGGUGCUCACUUUGCUCAUACAUGAUUGUCUUUAUGUUGUUCAGUAUUUAUCAAUGUUGCAACAACUGGGAGCCAAACCUACAUAAGUUGUUGCUUGAUGAAAAUACUGUAUGCUGGCUGUAAGGUAAGAUUCACUUGUAGAACUCUUAAGUGUUAUUAAUAAAUUUAUCUGUCACCAUCACUCAUAUUACAGCUGAUGAAGGACGUUUUGUUUUUGUCACUGUAUUCAUACAGUCAUGAAUAAUAAAACCUAGCCACGCUGAUGACAAGGUUCUAUGGAUGGAAAUGUCCAGAUUAAAAUAUCAU